AUGUAUCGAGUACUUUUGAGUGGUGCUGCUGGCAGCGGGAAAGGAACAAUCGCUCGAAUGCUCGUUCGAGAAUUUGAACCAUUAGGAUUCAAUUAUUUCGCGGCUGGAGAUUUUAUUCGUGAUCAUAUUGCCAGAGGAACAGAAUUUGGACUACGCGCACAAUCGUUUUUGAACAAAGGCGAGCACGUUCCCGACAGUAUUCUUAAUGGAGCUAUAUUGGCGGAAAUGCUGAAAGCAGGACCAAGAGUAGUUCUUGAUGGAUAUCCACGAAACAUGAGUCAACUCAAAAUGGUCGAAGAACAAGCACCUCUGAAUUUGAUUGUGGAACUGAAAGUUCCUCGCAAAGUUCUCAUCGAUCGUUUAUCGAAACAGUUGGUGCAUCCAGCAUCCGGAAGAGCAUACAAUCUUGAAGUAAAUCCUCCGAAGGAGGAGGGAAAAGACGAUUUCACUGGAGAGCCACUGUUCAAACGUAGCACGGAUCAGUUGGAGGUAGCAAGAAGAAGACUCGAAGUGUACGAUAAGACAGAGAACAAAGUUCUCGAUUAUUACAAAAAGCAAAACAAAUGCAUCACGUUGUCGGGAGAGUCAUCGAAAGCUGUGUUUGAGUCAGUCGCCGAAGUGAUGCGUCGUGAUCUUAUUCCAGCACCAAGAACCGCAUACGCAUAA